AUUUCUGGGAGAAUUUUUUUGCGCUGCAUGUUCAUAGUUUGGAGUAUUUUUUGGCUUAACUGUAACUUUUUGCAGUUUGGGGGGGCGAGGGUCUUCUUAAUAUUGUCUGAAUCUUGGUGUUUUGGAGGUUUUUAUGGACACAGGAUGCCCGGUGAGUUCUAGAGAUGGACUUGGGCAGGAGGAACCCCCAAGCCAACGUGCUCAGCCCUUGUUUUCCCCCCCAUCAGGAUUUGUCCUUCCCAAAGCUUGGGCAGAUGGAGGAGGAGGCUGCGAGGAAGAGGAAGAUGCCUUGGGCCCCCCAGACAGGUGAGGAGGAAGUCAGUGUCCCUUUGGGUGGGUGUUGUGCUGGCUCUGUCAGCCGAGCAUGGCCCCGGCUGCAGGACAACCCCGCUGGCGCCGCCGUCCUGCCGGGGCCGGAGUUGGGGGGAUGUCCUUGGCCUUCCCUGUGGGCCGGAGGCAAAUCCCCUCCCUGUCCUUCUUGCUUCCUGCCCCAGGCCCCGAGCUGAGGACGGAGAGCCCAGAGGACAAAUCCCCCCGUGAGACCCUGGUGGGAGAGGCCGUUUUGAAGGGCUCCCCGGCGCAGGAAGGCAGCGGGGAGGAAAAGGGCCGGAGAUCCCCCCGCAGGAGGGGCUCCAAAGCCAUCCCAGGGUGCUCUGAGGAGGAAAGACCCAGCCUGUGCCAGGAAGGCGGCCGGAGCUUGAGGGGGAGCUCUGAGCUGGUGGUCCCUGAUCAGCCUCCCAGCAGGGAGAAGCCCUUCAGGUGCUUGGAAUGUGGGAAGAGCUUCAGGAAGAGCUUCAACCUCCUCAGCCACCAGCACAUCCACACUGGGGAACGACCCUACACGUGUAGGGAAUGUGGGAAGAGCUUCAGGCACAGCUCCAACCUGAUCCAACACCAGCACAUCCACACUGGGGAACGGCCCUACACAUGUGGGGAAUGUGGGAAGAGCUUCAGUUACAGGGACAGCCUCUGCAAACACCAGCUCAUCCACACCGAGGAACACCCCUACAAGUGCUUGCAAUGUGGGAAGAGGUUUCAGCGCAGCUCAACUCUCAUCACGCAUGAGCGGACGCACACAGAUGAGAGGCCCUUCCGCUGCACUGACUGUGGGAAGGGAUUCAAGCACAACUCCCACCUCAUCAGGCACCAGCUCAUCCACACUGGGGAACGGCCCUACAAGUGCUUGGAAUGUGGAAAGAGGUUUCAGACCAGCUCCAGUCUCCUCCUGCACCAGCGGACGCACACGGAUGAGAGGCCCUUCCGCUGCACCGACUGCGGGAAGGGAUUCAAGCGGAACUCCGACCUCGUCACCCACCGGCGCAUCCACACCGGGGAACGGCCCUACAAGUGUGGGGAGUGUGGGAAGAGCUUCACCGACAGCUCUAAUUUGACCAAACACCAACGGACCCACCGCAGGGAGAAGCCCCUCAGGUGCUUGGAAUGUGGGAAGAGCUUCAAGAACAGCUCCUACCUGAUCCGACACCAGCAGAUGCACACUGGGGCACGUCCCUACACGUGUGGGGAAUGUGGGAAGAGCUUCAACCAGAGCUCCCACCUGUUCAAACACCAGUGCGUCCACACUGGGGAACGGCCCUACGUGUGUAAUGAUUGUGGGAAGAGUUUCAGUGACAGCUGCAGCCUGAUCCGACACCUGCACAUCCACACUGGAGAACGGCCCUACAUGUGUGGGGAAUGUGGGAAGAGCUUCAGCAGCAGCUCCAGCCUUAUCCAACACCUGCACAUCCACACUGGGGAACAUCCCUACCUCUGUGAGGAAUGUGGGAAGAGCUUUAGCAACAGCUCCAACCUGAUCCAACACCAGCACAUCCACACUGGGGAACGUCCAUACCUCUGUGAGGAAUGUGGGAAGAGCUUUAGGAACAUCUCCAGACUGAUCCAACACCAGCACAUCCACAGUGGAGAACGUCCCUACCUCUGUGAAGAAUGUGGGAAGAGGUUUCACACCAGCUCACAUCUCCUCAGUCAUGAGUGGACGCACACGGAUGAGAGGCCCUUCCGCUGCACCGACUGCGGGAAGGGCUUCAAGCACAACUCCACCCUCGUCACCCACCGGCGCAUCCACACCAAGGAGAGGCCCCACAAGUGUGGGGAAUGUGGGAAGAGCUUCACCGACAGGUCUACCCAAAGCAGUCACCAGCGCCUCCACACUGGGGAACGGCCUUACAAAUGCUUGGAAUGUGGAAAGAGCUUCACCAAGAGCUCUAACUUGACCAGACACCAACGGACCCACCGCAGGGAGAAGCCCUUCCGGUGCUUGGAAUGUGGGAAGAGCUUCAGGAGGAGCACCACUCUCCUCACCCACCAGCACAUCCACACUAGGGAACAUCCCUACACGUGUGGGGACUGUGGGAAGAGCUUCAACCAGAGCUCCACCCUCCUCACCCACCAGCACAUCCACUCUGGGGAACGGCCCUAUACAUGUGGGGAAUGUGGGAAGAGCUUCCACUGCAGCUCCAACCUCCGCAGACACAAGCGCAUCCACACUGGGGAACAGCCCUACACAUGUGGGGAAUGUGGGAAGAGCUUCAGGCAGAGAUCCAGCCUGAUCCAACACCAGCACAUCCACAGUGGGGAACGGCCCUACACAUGUUGGGAAUGUGAGAAGAGCUUCAGGAGCAGCUCCAACCUCCACCGGCACAAGCGCAUCCACACUGGGGAACGGCCCUACAAGUGCUUGGAAUGUGGGAAGAGGUUUCACACCAGCUCAGAUCUCCUAAAGCACCAGCGGACACACACGGAUGAGAGGCCCUUCCGCUGCACCGACUGCGGGAAGGGCUUCAACCGCAACUCCACCCUCGUCAGGCACCGGCGCAUCCACACCGGUGAGAGGCCCUACAAGUGUGGGGAGUGUGGGAAGAGCUUCACCCAGAACUCUUCCUUGACCUCACACCAACGGACCCACCGGUAAGGGAAGCCCUGUGAGUCCCCCGACUGCGGGAAGAGCUUCGGCCGUAGGACUGACACACAAAAAAUGUUUCAAAAGGUCUUCAGGAUUUUGAGUAUCUGCACUCCAACAUCAGUUUAUUCUUUUGAAUAUGUGUAAGUUUAACCUUAUUUUAGUCUGAAAGCCAAAUUCACCACUACCCCGUUCCCUGAUAACCGUGGGCUGAUUCUGACAAGUGAGGCAGAAAUUACCCACUGCCCAGCAAAAACCAGUGGGGCCAGCCAGUGGUCUCUGCCCUGGCCGCCCAGUUUCCCCAGUCUCAUCUCAAAAUGACCAGUUACACUGAAGCAAAGACCACUGGAACCAGUGCAACAAGCCCCAGUCUGACUUUCACACCUGCCCACGUGUCCUGUUUUCUGCUGCUCUACAGACUUCCCUGUUUAAAAUACAAUGGGAAAAUGAACAGUUUUUGGGGUUGUUUUGGUUUUGGGCUCGGGUUUUCUUUUUCCCCCCACUGUUCUCAUUAACCUCAUUUCAAAUCUCCUUUGAUGUUUGA